AAAAGAAAAAUGAAAAAAAGUCUAUACAUUUACCCCAGUUGGCUCUACACAAGCCAUGCACUGAUAAAUACACAUUUACAUUUUCAUCGGAAAAUAUCCCCACUAUGUAGCAGAUCAAAGAAGAAAAAAGAACAGAGAAAAGAAGAAAGAAACGAUAUAUAUAAGACGAAACAUUAUCUUGAGAAUAAUACUGAAAAACAUCAUUGUCCUUUGCUUUUCUUAUCGUUUAUAGAGUCCUACAGGGUGCUCAAUUUUUGUAACCUGUAACCUGCCCUGUAAAAAUUUCGUAACCUGGCCCUGGCCCUGCCCUGUCAGGGCGGGACAGGGCAGGUUAUGUGCACCCUGCAGGAUUCAAACCAAGACUACCAGAAUUAAUUGACGAUUGAUAACAAUCAUUUUUUUUAAUAACCUUCUUUCUAGUUGGUGCUAGCAUUAUUUCUGUUUUAUUGGUUUUUUUUUUACAUAUUUAGUUAAAGAUUUGGUUGGGAAAAGAUAAUUCCUUCUAUUUUCAUAGUGGAGAAAUUUUUUGAGAGUUAUCAUGCGUGCAGGGAAAUUUUUUAAUUUUAGUGCAGAUUCUGCAUCUCUGGAGAUGAUAUACUAUAUAAAUUACCUUAGGAAAAUAUUUAAUAUCUAUUUUUUUAUUAAAUUUUUAAAAAUUAUGACCAGACAUUUUGAUAUACUCUAUAUAUUUGAAUAACAGGAAUUUGAUUUCUACAAUUGUAUAGAAAAAGUUCGAAUUUUCGUUAAAAAUCUGGUAUCCUGUAGCUACGUAACUCGAUAAAAUCUAAAGCAACAAAUGAUGUAUGUAAAGAGUAUAUAUAAUCAUUAUUACUUAAAAUAUUAUCCUUUUAAUUAAUUGAUAUUUGAAUAAGUGAAUGUUAUUCUCUUUUAAACAUAAUUAAAUAGAACUUGUUUUAAAAACUAAUCUCGAAUUCUUUAAUAUAAAUUACUAUAGGAUCAUUCUAAUUACACAAUAAAAAAAAUAAGAGAAUUGUAAAAAUAAUGUAGAAAUAAUAUUCAUUAUAUGUGAAUAGUCUCUACUAAUAUUCGUAUUCGUUCAUUUAGCAAACGUAAAGUAGCAAAAUAUUUAAUAAUUAUUUGUGCUUUUUUUUGGUUAAUAGCAGUUAUAUUUUUUGGUUGGGCACGAACAAUUGAAAAUGGUUCAUGUAAUAUAUUUAAUGAUAUUUAUUCAAUGAUUUAUACAAUUUAUUAUAUGAUAACGGCUGGAAUUCUUCCACCAUUAUUAAUUUUAAUAUUUAGUGCAUUAGUUAUGAAAAAUUUAAAAGAAAUACGAAAUCGUGUUCAACCAAAAAGAGAAGAUCGAGAAAAUCGACAAUCAAUUCAUCAAUUACGAAAACGUGAUAGAGAUUUAAUGAAAAUGGUUUUUAUUGAAGUUAUGUUUUAUGUUAUUAGUACAAUGCCAUUUUCAAUUUAUCUUAUUUAUAAAAUCUUAACAGAUAAUUUAACAAAAACUCGAGAAAGAAAACAAAUUGAAUCAUUUAUUAAUUAUAUUGCACAAUCAUUUAUUAUGUAUUUAAAUACAGCUUUACCAUUUUAUAUUUAUAUAUCAUCAUCACCUUCAUUUAGACGAGGAUUAAGAAGAUUUUUUAUUAAAUUUUAUGCUUGUAUUCGAAGCAAACAAUUAAGACCUGAAUUAGAUGAAUCUGCUCGAACAAUGACAGUACAACAUUAA